AUGGGACGACACACAGCCACGGGACGACACACGGCCACGGGACAACACGGCCACGGGACGACACACGGCCACGGGACGACACACUGCCACGGGACGACACAUGGCCACGGGACGACACACGGCCACGGGACGACACAGAGCCACGGGACGACACACGGCCACGGGACGACACACUGCCACGGGACAACACGGCCACGGGACGACACACGGCCACGGGACGACACACUGCCACGGGACAACACGGCCACGGGACGACACACGGCCACGGGACGACACACGGCCGCGGGACGACACACAGCCACGGGACGACACACAGCCACGGGACGACACACAGCCAUGGGACGACACACAGCCACGGGACGACACACGGCCACGGGACUCCACAAGGCCAUGGGACAACACGGCCACGGGACGACACACGGCCACGGGACGACACACGGCCACGGGACGACACACUGCCACGGGACGACACACGGCCACGGGACGACACACGGCCACGGGACGACACAGAGCCACGGGACGACACACAGCCACGGGACGACACAGAGCCACGGGACGACACACGGCCACGGGACGACACACGGCCACGGGACGACACACGGCCACGGGACGACACACGGCCACGGGACGACACACGGCCACGGGACGACACAGAGCCACGGGACGACACACGGCCACGGGACGACACACUGCCACGGGACAACACGGCCACGGGACGACACACGGCCACGGGACGACACACGGCCGCGGGACGACACACAGCCACGGGACGACACACAGCCACGGGACGACACACAGCCAUGGGAGGACACACGGCCACGGGACGACACACGGCCACGGGACGACACACGGCCACGGGACGACACACGGCCACGGGACGACACACGGCCACGGGACGACACACGGCCACGGGACGACACAGAGCCACGGGACGACACACAGCCACGGGACGACACAGAGCCACGGGACGACACACAGCCACGGGACGACACACGGCCACGGGACGACACACAGCCACGGGACGACACACAGCCACGGGACGACACAGAGCCACGGGACGACACACAGCCACGGGACGACACACGGCCACGGGACGACACACAGCCACGGGACGGCACACGGCCACGGGACGACACACGGCCACGGGACGACACACGGCCACGGGACGACACAGAGCCACGGGACGACACACAGCCACGGGACGACACAGAGCCACGGGACGACACACAGCCACGGGACGACACACGGCCACGGGACGACACACAGCCACGGGACGACACACAGCCACGGGACGACACAGAGCCACGGGACGACACACAGCCACGGGACGACACACGGCCACGGGACGACACACAGCCACGGGACGGCACACGGCCACGGGGACGACACACGGCCACGGGACGGGACGACACACGGCCACAGGACGCACACGGCCGCGGGACGACACACAGCCACGAGACGACACACAGCCACGGGACGACACACAGCCAUGGGACGACACGGCCACGGGACGACACACAGCCACGGGACGACACACAGCCACGGGACGACACACAGCCACGGGACGACACACUGCCACGGGACGACACACGGCCACGGGACGACACACUGCCACGGGACGACACACGGCCACGGGACGACACACUGCCACGGGACGACACACGGCCACGGGACGACACACAGCCCCGGGACGACACACGGCCACGGGACGACACACGGCCACGGGACGACACACAGCCCCGGGACGACACACAGCCCCGGGACGACCACACAGCCACGGGACGACACACGGCCACGGGACGACACACAGCCACGGGACGACACACGGCCACGGGACGACACACAGCCACGGGACGACACACGGCCACGGGACGACACACAGCCACGGGACGACACACGGCCACGGGACGACACACAGCCACGGGACGACACACGGCCACGGGACGACACACAGCCACGGGACGACACACGGCCACGGGACGACACACAGCCACGGGACGACACACAGCCACGGGACGACACACAGCCUUGCUUUAA